CGCUAUAGUACUCGGUGUAGUGACGGGCGACAGGUCGCGCGCGCGCGGGGCUACGCACACGUAGCUACGUCCACGAGAGAACGCGCUAUCUCGACGACCACCGACUGCUAUUCUCGGUCUGCCGCCAGGGACCUCUGCCAACAUAAACACAUCUUAACAAAAAAAAAAAGAAAAGAAAGAAACAAAAACGGACCGACGUUUUCUUUCUCUCUCUCUCUCUCUCUCUCUCUCUCUCUCUCUCUCUCUCUCUCUCUCUCGAUCGCCCGUCUCGGUUCACGGGGACCAAAAAAAAAAAAAAUACGUCCGAGGUCAUUCACACCAACUAUUGUUCUUUUAUUUUUUUUGGCCGUAAAAUCGGACCGAUUCAUCGACGUGCUCAUUAGCGUAGUUUUCAAUUAGUCUAUCGCCGCUUCGGACGCGAGUCUCGUUCUCCCCACCCUCAAUCAAGUGGUUAUCUCGUUCGGUUAGAAGUUGACGAAGAGGGGGGAAGAAGACGUGGCGGUCAGUGUUAUCGAUGUGGGUCAACCCGGCGCGGCCAGAGGAGAUGGCGGAGCUGUGACGUCACCGCGCGCGGCAAAGGCGGGGUCGGCAUGGAUGCGGCGCGCCUGCUGCUGGCCACGUGGUCGCUGCUGGCGGCCGCGCGCGCGCACUCAGGGCUGUACUCCGGCAAGGUGACGCAAUACGAAGUCGUCGUGCCGAAGAAGGUGACGCCCGACGGAGAGUUCCUGUCCUACAACCUCGUGCACCACCAUCGACAUUCUCACAGGAGCAAGCGCAGUCUGGAUGACAACAGCCCUGCCGAAGUGCAUUACCAGCUGCCGGUGGCCGGGCAGACGUACCACCUGGAACUGAGGCCCAGCCGGAGGUUCCUGUCACCGUCUCUGGUGGUGGAGCAGCGGGCGAGCGGGCGCAGGGACUACCUGGAGGUCACCAACACCACCUGCCACUACCACGGGGCUAUCCGCGGUCAGCCCGGUUCUAUGGUUGCCAUUUCAACGUGCCAUGGUCUGGCGGGGAUGCUGAAGGGCAGCCGCGGGCUGUUCUGGCUGGAGCCCGCCGUCGACGUGGUGGGCGGUGCCUCGGCCGGCCAGGCGCACCUGGUGUUCCGCAGGGCCGCCCCCGCCGCCCCCGCCGGCCCCAGGAAGAGGCGGCGCAGGAAGCGGCGCCGGCACGAGAAGAACUGCGGCACCAGAGAGCCGCGCCGGCUGACGGAGGCGCGCCUGGAGUGGAAGGCGCGCGCCGGGCGCGUCAAGGUGCAGGGCCGCGGGAAGGCGCGUCGCGGGCGCGCCAGGCGCUCCGCCAGCCUGCGGCGGCACGUGGAGGCCUUGCUGGUCGCCGACGCCUCCAUGAUGGCCUUCCACCGGGACCGCGACGUGCAGACCUACUUCCUCACCAUCAUGAACAUGGUGUCGCUGCUGUACGCCGACCCCAGCAUCGGCAACUACGUCAGCGUGGUGGUGGUGCGCAUCGUGCUGCUGCUCGACGACGAGGACUCCGGCCAGCGGAAGCUGGAGGUGACCGUGAACGCCGACCAGACCCUGGAGAACUUCUGCGCCUGGCAGCUGGAGGAGAACUUCCCCGACGACGGUCACCCGCAGCACCACGACGUGGCGAUCCUCGUCACCAGGGAGGACAUCUGCGCUCGCCAGAACGCCCCUUGCAGCACGCUGGGCGUGGCGCACGUGGCCGGCAUGUGCAACCCGCUCAAGAGCUGCAACGUGAACGAGGACAACGGCAUCUCGCUGGCGCACACCAUCACGCAUGAGAUGGGCCACAACUUCGGCAUGUACCACGACACGGAGAAGAUCGGCUGCAGCCGGCGUAGCGGGCGCGUGCUGCACGUGAUGACCCCCAGCUUCGAGGCGGACACGGUGGGCGUGGCCUGGUCGCGCUGCAGCCGGCGCGACAUCACCAACUUCCUGGACCAGGGCUACGGCGACUGCCUGCAGGACGAGCCGGCCAGCGACCUCAGCUACCCGGACCUUCCACCGGGGGCGAUGUACGACGCCGACCACCAGUGCCGCCUGCAGUUCGGCGAGCGCGACGCCUCCGUCUGCUCCCCGCAGGAGGAGAUCUGUUCGCGUCUGUGGUGCAGUGUGGACGGGAUGUGCGCCACGAUGCUGCGACCCGCCGCGGCCGGCACGUCGUGUGGGAAGCACAUGUGGUGCCUGGAGCAGAAGUGCGAGGUGAUCGGCGACCGGCCGGCGCCCAUCCACGGCGGCUGGGGCGACUGGGGGCCCUGGAGCUGGUGCUCGCGCUCCUGCGGCGCCGGCGUGUCCGUGUCGGAGCGCCACUGCGACCACCCGGUGCCGGCCUUCGGAGGCCGCUUCUGCGUGGGCCAGCGCCGCCGCUACAAGACGUGCAACACCCAGAAAUGCCCUGAAGGCUCGCCGAGUUUCAGAUCCGUGCAGUGUUCGGCGCAUGACAACCACGAGUACCGCGGCAGGAAGUACAAGUGGCUGCCGUACUUCGACAAGGCUGAGCCUUGCGAGUUGUACUGCACCGACUCCGACGACAGCAUGAUCGUUCCUUUCGGAGACUCCGUGGAGGACGGUACUCCGUGCAACGUGGGGCACAACGACAUGUGCAUCAGAGGCGUGUGCAAGCGCGUGGGCUGCGACUGGGUGGUCGACUCCAACGCUACGGAAGACAGAUGCGGCAUCUGUCGAGGUGACGGCAGCCAGUGCAAGACCCUGACGGGGGAAUACAACCACAAACAAGGCACCGGUUAUGAAAAAGUUGUUCAGAUUCCUGCCGGCUCCAGAAACAUCGUAGUCAAAGAGCUUGGAAAUUCUCGCAACUUCAUUGGAGUAGGAGACGGGCUGGGGAAAUUCUUCCUCAACGGGAAACGACAGAUCACUCUGGCAGAUGAGUACGAAAUAGCAGGCACUCCAGCUUUGUACGAGAGAGAAAAAGAUCUGGAGACUGUCCAUAUUCCAGGACCAAUAAAAGAAGAUAUAAUGAUAUACCUGAUCCACAGGGGCAAGUACCGCAACUUCGGGCUGCGCUACGAGUACACGGCGCCCGAGCGCGAGCCGGCGGCCAGGCCCGAGUACCGCUGGACCUUCAGCGACUGGUCGCCGUGCUCCGCCACGUGCGGCGGCGGCGCGCAGACCUCGCAGCCGGCGUGCCGCGAGAAGGGCGCGCGCCUCGUGGACCCGGGGCUCUGCCCCCGGCGCGGCCGCCCCGCCGUGCUGGCGCGCAGCUGCAACGACCACCCCUGCCCGCCCAGGCUGUGGACGGGGCUGAGAAGGGGUGUGUUCUCUGGCGGACAGGUGGUGUACGGGGCUGAGGAGGGGCUGUGGACGGGGCUGAGGAGGAGUGUGUUCUCCGGCGGACAGGUGGUGGACGAGGCUGAGAAGGGGUGGUGGACGGGGCUGAGAAGGGGUGUGUUCUCCGAGGGACAGGCUGUGGACGGGGCUGAGAAGGGGUGGUGGACGGGGCUGAGGAGGGCUGUUUUCUCCGGGGGACCGGCUGUGGACGGGGCUGAGGAGGGGUGGUGGACGGGGCUGAGGAGGAGUGUGUUCUUUGGGGGACAGGUGGUGGACGGGGCUGAGGAGGGGGGUGUUCUGGGGGGACAGGUGGUGGAUGGGGCUGAGAAGGGGUGGUGGACGGGGCUGAGAAGGGGUGUGUUCACCGGGGGACAGGCUGUGGACGGGGCUGAGGAGGGGCUGUGGACGGAGCUGAGGAGGGUUGUGUUCUCCGGGGGACAGGUAGUGGACGUGGCUGAGGUGGGGGGUGUUCUGGGGGGACAGGUGGUGGACGGGGCUGAGGAGGGUGGUGUUCUGGGGGGACAGAUGGUGGACGGGGCUGAGGAGGGGUGGUGGACGAGGCUGAGGAGGGGUGAGUUCUCCGAGGGACAGGCUGUGGACGGGGCUGAGAAGGGGUAG